UCAGGCCCAAAUUUCGUGUACGACGCAGCAUGGUAUAGGAAGCAUGCAUGUGUGCAUAGCGCAUCUACCAUUGAUCUACACUGAUCUAGUACAUGACACAUUGGCGUCAUUGUACUAUUGUAGUGAAAUAAUUAGUCGUUAAAAAGGCAUAACAAAAAAUAGCAAUUUGAGCACUAGCAACCAAGUUUCUGGGAUCGAAAUUGAGCCUGUUUUAAGGACCUACCGAGGAAAUCAUCGGCAUGACCUCAUUCAAAGUGAACGUGAAGUGGGGCAAGGAGAAGUUCACCGACAUUGAGUGCAGCCUAGAUGAGUCCCCAGAUGUGUUUAAAGCACAGAUCUUUGCUCUGACAGGAGUUCAACCUGAGCGACAGAAGGUCAUGUUGAAAGGCGCAACUCUCAAGGAAGCUUGGUCUGGGUUUAAGGUUAAAAAUGGCAUAACUUUUCUUGUCAUGGGAUCAGCAGAGGCACUUCCUGAAGCUCCAAGCGAGAAGACGCUUUUCAUGGAAGAUAUGACAGAGGAGCAACUUGCAAGUGCUUUUGAGCUGUCAGCUGGCCUGGCGAACCUUGGUAACACAUGCUACUUGAACUCCACAGUGCAGUGUCUACACAGCAUUCCAGAGCUUAGAGACUCAUUGAAAAGGUUUGAUGGGCAUAUCAAUCCAUCUAUGGUGAGUGUGCAGCCAGCUGAGUCCAUCACAGCAGCCAUGAGGGAGCUAUUCAGUGCUAUGGAAAAGGCUACUGAUGGAAUCCAACCAAUAUUCCUGUUACAGCUACUUCACCUGGCCUUCCCACAGUUUGCAGAGAAGACUGAGCAUGGUGUCUUGCAACAGCAGGAUGCAAAUGAAUGCUGGGUUCAGUUGGUACGCUUGUUACAACAACAGUUGACUGUGAAUACAAACGGAGAAAACCAACCAACAGACGGUGCCUCAGCAUCCAAAAAAGGCUUUAUUGACCAGUACUUUGGCGGAAAGUUUGACAGCAGUCUUAAAUGUGUAGAAGCUCCAGAGGAAGAGGCAAGCAAGUCAACAGAGCAGUUUCUGCAGUUGAGCUGUUUCAUCUCUCAGGAUGUCAAGUACCUUCACACAGGACUCAAAAAUAGACUAACAGAAAAUAUUGAAAAACAUUCACCAUCUUUGGAAAGAAAUGCACAGUACAUCAAAGAGUCCCGGAUCAGUCGUCUUCCUGCUUAUCUACCGAUUCAGAUGGUGAGAUUCUACUAUAAGGAGAAGGAGAACAUUAAUGCCAAGAUCUUGAAGGAUGUGAAAUACCCCAUGGUCCUAGAUGUAUUUGACCUUUGUACCAAAGAGCUUCAAGAAAAGUUAGUUCCAAUUCGUCUGAAGUUUAAGGAGAUGGAAGACAGGAAGCUGGAAGAAGCACAGAAGGCUAAGCAAGCAGGAAUGAAGCAGCCAACACUACCUGUAGAAGAGUCUGUCAAACUACUCGCCUAUGAUUUCCCUGAUGAUAUUGGUAGUAACAACAGUGGUUACUAUGAGCUGCAAGCUGUGCUAACUCAUCAGGGCAGAUCCAGCUCUUCUGGUCAUUACGUUGGAUGGGUCCGAAAGAAAGGAGAGGAAUGGAUCAAAUUUGACGAUGACAAUGUUACUCCAGUCACAUCUGAAGAUGUUCUCAAGUUAUCUGGAGGAGGCGAUUGGCCCUGUGCUUAUGUACUCUUAUAUGGACCACGAAGAUUAGAAGAACCUCCCCAAGAAGAUGAACCGAUGCCAGAAAAAUAAGAUUCAGUACAUCUCAUCCAGUCCUUUAUAUCUCAUAAUCUGUUUCCUAAAUAAAACAGGGAAUAUGGAAAGUGACGAAAGUCACUCCAGUUGUAUCAUCCCAAAACCCAACACAUUCAGAGCUGAUGCACCCUGAUUUGAAUUAAUAUUCUAUAUAUAUAUCUCAUAAAAAAAUUAAUGGGAAACAAUUCAGGUGCGAUCUUGACCUGUUUGAGGGUUACUGCUUUCCACAUUAUAUCAGUGCCUGCUUUGAUUAGGUGUAGUUUCGGGAAGUUUUGGUGAUUCUAGAGACCAAUGAAUUUGAAGUUGCUAUUCCCUCCAUGUUUUCAGGUUUUCGAGAAAUACAGUUUGUUUUGAAACUGCAACUCACAAGGUAUUCACAUUUGAAUGAGACGUCAAACAUGAAAGUACAAAUGUACACCCGUAUUGAGUUAUAUACAUGGAAUAUUUUAUUUUUCAAAUUUUGGUUAUUUGCGGCCCUACAAUCAUUCAAGCACAAUCAACCCACAAAUAAAAAACAUUACAAAACAAUUGAAACCAAAAGCAUACUUUCAGAGUGUAAAAAAGAUCCGGGUCUCUCUCCCCCCCCCCCCCCCCCCCCCCCAUUUUACUAAAAGAUGCAAAUGGAAAAGUCGUAAGAUAUAAAUAUAAUAGAUGAAGAGGAAGGGUACAGCAACUUAAAACUUGAGGAGAAAAUUGGUACAAAACCUGUCAUUUUUAGCAAUGUUGUCCACCAAUUUGACAAUAUUUUUCAUCCGUUUGAAGAAAAUCAUUUUGAAAGCAUCCCCACUUCAUGGUUUUAUGGCAUUAAUUGGGAUAAAAGGUAGAUGAUUUGUUUCCCAUAUGAAUCUGCAAUUAUGAAUUGUGGGCUACGAUCAUAAAAUUGCUACACUGCUUCCCUCCAGUUGACAUCAUGAAGAAGUCAAUCUGCCAGCAAUUCGCGACCAGAAAUGAUGCACCCUUUCUCCAACAAUGUUGUAUUUGUUUACCGCUUUUACUGCAAGCUCCACCCACAGCUUUGCUGACAAAUGUAUGUGCUGACAAUAAUUAUUUGACUGCAUAAUACUAAAAUGAACGAUUACAGUAAGCCCCUUCACAUCUAAUGUGCUUUCGACAAAUGUUUAUUUCAUUGUGCACUUUUGUUUUGGACUAGUGAGGGUUUAUUCUGACUAUAUAGGGGCAUCCCUAUGGUUCUUUGAUAAUGUUGAUAAGAGACAACACUCUCACAUCUUCUUGGAUUGUAGUGGUUGCUGCAUGCACCAUACUUCAAGUAUAAUGGAUAUAAUUCUUUCCGUAGCUUUUCAAAUAAACAUAGAUUGAUUGCCUGAAUUUGAUACUCUUUUUUUUUUCAUAAUUUUUCUUGGUUUGCUUUGUUAGUAGGGGUUCCAGACAGGGUCGGCGGUAAUUUAAAAAAAAAAAAAAAUUUCCUUGGUCCACAGCUCAAAAUAGGGUUGGUCAGAAGUGAGAACCUUUCCCCUCGCACUCAAUCAGUAUCAUUAUUUCUAUGAUAGCAGCAAAUAUGCUGGCAUAUACGCUUGUGUAUUCAACAUUGAAACAAGAAAUGGGGAUCAUUUAUCCAUGUAGAUCCCUCCAAUAACAGUGAAGAUUUUGCAUUAUCAAUAUGUAUGAAUGCAUGUCAAGAUUAUGGACGUAAUCCAUGCAUAACAUUUGUGAUAAAACAAGAAUUGAAAGGAACUGUUUUUGAUGAACAAAAUGCUGAACGACUGGGGUUGGUACUCAUUCAGUGUCUUUAACAGUUUAUUAUGUUACAUUAAAACAAAGAUAGAUUGA